AGGUAGGCUGCUAGUUGACAUAACUUAUAUUAGAUGCUUUAAAUUCUACCUCAAAUUGUAUUUCUAAAUUUAUGUUUCGGUAUCUUCUUAAAAAAUUAUCCUUUACCUCACAAUAUGCGGCACUUACAAAUAGUAAAAUAUAUACAACCACGUUAUGCAAUAAACACGGUUUUGUUCCCGCGUUUCAUGUCUAAGUCUGGCAAUGCAAAAUCUGGAUCAGGAUCUGGAGAUAAGGAAGCAGAUGCUAAAUGUAAGGAGGGCAAGGAUGCAAAGUCUUCUGAAAAAGCCACAAAACCAGCUGAGGCAGUAAAGAAACCCACAGAGGCAGUAAAAAAAGAUACAGCGCCGAAAGAGGUUAAGGAAACGAAAAUCACGCAGCCAAAAGACGAAACAGUUAUAUCCGGCGGUUCAAAAUGCCCGCCAAAAAUCAAUCCAGCUGCAGAAAUCAGUAAAACUAAAAAGAAACUAAGAACAUGUGAUGAAAUAUUACUGGGCAAAGGUAAUCAGAAGAAAAAGAAACCCGCUCUGACGGCAAUUCAAGGAGGAGACUUGGGCUGCCCCGGCAAAGUUGAUAAAAAACCACCAAUUGUUGCUAAGCAUGCCAAGCGAUGGCAGAAAAUCUCGCUAUUCGGAGUCCUGCCAUUGAUAGCCAUCCUUAGUCUUUUGGUGUUCAGCACUCGGAUAGAAGGGGAUCGCCUUGAAUUUAAGAACUAUACCCACAUGUACAAGCGAUCGAAGCCCUUCUGGUUUCGAGAUGGAAAUCGCACGGCCUUUCACAACAGCCAUCUGAAUGCCUUGCCCCCCGCAGGAUAUGAGGACGAGGUGGAUGAAAGUGCCAUUGGCAAGGAUCCAGAGUCUGAGCCGGAUAAAAAGGCUCGGCUAAAAGAAUUCGACAAAGUGGUCAAGAACUGGCGCAAGCAUUCAUCCAAAAGAGAUGCCCAACUUAAGAAGGAGGCUGCUGCUGCAGAAAAGGAGGCUAGAAGACAAGAAGCGCAAUAAAAACAUAUUUUUAUAAGGUCCUUGAA